CUAAAGCAGCGGCACCGGUUUUUUUUUUACCCUCCUCCUUCGAACCCUUCGCGAGCCCUAGUGGACGCCCACCUCCUCCCCGUUCUCCUGGCCGCCACCUCGCGCCCGUCUCCGCCGUCGCGUUCCUCCCCAUCAUCACCGGCGUCGGCCUUGCCCCUCCAAUCUCCCUCAGGUGCUUUCCUUCCCACAGAUCUCCGAAAAAGAGACGCCGACCUCCUCCCUGCUGUCCCUGCCGCCACCUCCCACCGGUCUCCGCCGUCUCCUUUUUCCCCAUCGUUACCGGCGUUGGCCUUCCGCUCCGAUUUCGCUCAGGUGCUUCGCUUCCCACAGAUCUCCGAAAAAAAAGAAAAAAAUGAAAAGAAAAAGAAGGGAAAAGGAAAAAAUUUGAUCAAUUUAUGCGGGAAGAGGCCGGCACAAAUCCGAGACGGACCUGUCAAGAAGGAACAAACCACUUCCCUCUUCAGGGUCCCGUCUGCUAGAUUACCGCAGAGAGGAUUAUCCUAGUAAAAAGGCCAUCUUUUUCUGUAGAAGGAUGAAGCGAGGGUACGAAGAGACCGCCUCCAGCUCCUUCGGCCCGCCUCAAUCCAAGUUGAGAUCGAACUCAUACGGUGAAUCGCGUAGUAUUGAAGAUGAGAGCACUAAGAAUGCAUGGAGAGUGGCGGAGCAUUACAGCGCGAGGUCGAAUCAGACUCUGGAGGAGCGUGAGGCGAGUCCCAUCAUCCAUUUGAAGAAGCUUAAUAAUUGGGUUAAAAGUGUCCUCAUUCAGCUGUAUGCUCGUCGGGGAGAUUCUGUUCUUGAUCUUGCUUGUGGAAAGGGUGGUGACCUGAUCAAAUGGGACAAGGCAAAAAUUGGAUAUUAUGUCGGUGUUGAUAUAGCGGAAGGCUCAAUAAAAGAUUGUAGAACUCGCUACAACAGCGAUGCAGACCAACAACAGCGUAGGAAGAAGUUCAGUUUUCCUGCUCGCCUUAUCUGUGCUGAUUGUUAUGAGGCUCGCUUGGACAAGUAUUUGCGUGAUGAUGCACCAUAUGAUAUAUGCAGCUGUCAGUUUGCCUUACAUUACUCAUGGUCAACUGAAGCACGUGCAAGGCGAGCCUUGGCACAUGUCUCUGCCCUGCUUCGGCCUGGAGGCACCUUUAUAGGGACAAUGCCUGAUGCAAAUGUCAUUAUCAAAAGGCUUAGGGAAGCUGAAGGACUGGAAUUUGGGAAUAGUGUUUACUGGAUUUGUUUCGAUGAAGAAUAUGCUCAGAAGAAAUUUAAAUCAUCUAACCCUUUUGGCAUCAAGUACAAGUUCCACUUAGAGGAUGCUGUUGAUUGUCCUGAGUGGAUCGUCCCAUUCAAUCUUUUUAAAUCAUUGGCAGAGGAGUAUGAUUUGGAGCUUGUUUUUGUGAAGAACUUCCAUGAAUUUGUAAACGAAUACUUGAAAAAGCCUGAGUUUGCUGAGCUCAUGCGUAGGCUUGGUGCAUUGGGUGAUGGAAACCAGGAUCAAAGCACUCUAUCACAAGAUGAGUGGGAUGUAGCGUACCUGUAUUUGGCAUUCGUGUUGAGGAAGCGAGGCCAACCGCCUACUAAUCGGAGGAACAGCAGCAUAAAUAAAGGAAAGAUGCACAUAUCAGACACUGACAUUGAAUUCAUCAGAAGUGCUUCCUGAACCUGUUUUCCCUUGCUUUCCAAUCUGCUGGGGUCGCAUGCAGCAUAAUGGUUGCUGUAGUCCUCAUCACAUACCACACAGAGUUGGAGCCCAACAUAGUACUUAAAAGGAGCUUCCUGACAGCUAAUAAUGCAAGCUAGCCAAAAACCUUCACUGAACCUAACCUGGUUUGACAUCAUCAUAUGUUGUAAUUCAACUCCUGGGAUAAAUUGAUGGCAAAGUUUCUCUAAUGUAUGACUCAUAAUUAAAUUUUAUGUAUCGCAAAGAAAAAUCAGAAACAUUAUGAAGCUAUGAACUGGUAGUGUUGGCCAGUUCCUUUAUAUAUAUAUAUAUAUAUAUUUCAUAUUUGCUUUC